CGUUGUUGGGAGAGAACCCUUCCCCACCAGAUCAAGGCCCCGUCUCUGCUGGUCCUCUUAUCAAUCCGUCCGGGUGUUAAUUGACCGGUCAUAUGGGAUUUCCCCGAUCCCCAUGUGUUCCGUUGUCUCUUACUAUUGGAUAUGUGGGAUUUUUUUUUUUUAGCUCGUUCGUUUUCGUCUCGUAUGCCCUAAUCUCUUGAACUCCUCCAAUCAAUGGCAGAGAACAACCCAACCGGCAAGAAUCUAAUCGGCGUCGUUACUGGAGCUGUGCUCUUAUUCGGCGCCCUAAGUGUGAUUCCAAUCAUAGUGAUCUGGUACCAACGUCGCAGAGCAGCAGCACGGCAUCCACACGAGCUGCACAAUCUCGAAAGCAACGGAUCCAUGCGAUACGUCGCCAUCCAAAGAUGGCUGCUGGACCAGCAAACCACGCCCCAUUCGGAUAAUCUUGCCCGAUACGGAAGUGAGCAAUGUCCCAUCUGUCUCUCCACGCUAUUCGCUCCCUCGCACUCAUCGAUGUCGGAGCUAGCAGCAACCGCAAAGUUAGGGCCUUGUCUCCCUCCCCCUCCGCAGCCGGCAUGUAUACCACCGUCGUCUCGUCGUCUCCUGCACACUUCAUGCACGAUUUCUCCUCUUCCUGUUUCUCCAGACCACGGUGCAACGCACUGUCACGAUACCACUACGGCAACCGUGGCAGACCCGGCUCUAGAUACAAUCGCAAACAUCCUAAUUCUCAACCAAUGCAAGCAUGCCUUCCACGCCGACUGUCUUGUGUCGUGGUUCAAGUAUGGCCAGUACAGGUGCCCAACGUGUCAAACAUCUUAUGGUCCAAUGCAUAGUCCUGGUCCUGCUCUUUAAAUGGUCCGGAUGAUGAAUGAAUAACUGGACAUGACAUGGCAUCUAUUGUGAUUCUUGCGAUGGUAGCGGUAAUGGUAGUGCGGUAAUAGUACUCAAAGUCGUGAGUUGUUUAUUGCUCGGAAGAUUUCAUCGUAGCGCAUGACCUACUACUUCUGCAUGAAGAGUUGUCAGUACUGAAGUUAUUGGCGUUGCUUGACGUGAAGAGUCCUGAAGCAGAGCGUUAGCCAGCGGAACACGGUGAAUCGGAAUUCCUAUUACGCAUUAUUGCAGUCAAACCUAGUUAACCGGUCCCGCUAGAGCUGGAUA